AUGUAUUUUUUAAUAUGCAUCACAACAGUUUUAGCAAACUAUAAUACCUAAUAUGUUACUGAUUAAUUAAAAAUAGAGCAUAAUAAUCUUGAUGCCUAAAAGACUUAUUUAAUUUAGAUGAUCAUUACAUAAUUUCCAGUAGACAAUUAUUGCUUACCUCUGAUGCAAAUAUAUAAUGGUACCCAAAACUAAUUUGAUUCACAAUCAUACUCUAUCAGAUCCAACAUCUAAUCUGUCUUAGUCAAAUAGACCAAAAAGCUCUCCAUAGAGAUAAGUUGCCCUGUUUUGGAUCCUUUUAUUAACAUUAAAGAUAUCAACAAAACAAUGCAUUUUAAUUUAACUAUAAAUGAAGCAUAGGUAUUAAAAUAAUAGAAAUCUUGUCCCUUCCCUUACUAUGGAUUGGAUUGUUUACUUCAAAUGCAAAAAAUAUAAACUGAUUAUUCGAUCACUUUACAUGUACUCAAUAAUACUUGGUUCUAUGCUUAUGUGAUACUGGACAAUCAAGAUUAUGAUAUUAAAAUUCAAAACCAACAUGCCUUAUUUGGUAUAUCCUCUCUCCCAGCAGACAAACUAGACAUUACAAUUCUGCCAACAUUCUUUACUAAUUUUGAAAUUUUGGAAUAGACUUCAGAUGAGAAAUCCAUUAGUUUGACAAGAGAAACAGAGAUCUCAGAUUUCAUCUUCAUUUUUGGAUUAUUUAAUUUUAAUUCAACUCACAUUUAAGAAAUCUAAAUUUCAUUUGUAUCUUUAGGUGAAACCAAUAACUUCCCUUAUUGGGCAACGAUACUUUUGUCAUCAAUCUUUCUAUUUGGCAUCCUUGUGGCUCUCCUCAUAUUUUUAAGUUAUAAAAGCUAAUACAGAAAAAUAACAUAAAUUCAACCUGCACUAGAUAGAAAGAUUUUUAAAAAAUACAUGCCAACACAGAGAAUUAAUUCAAACUUGGUACAAGAAACAUGUGCAGUUUGUUUGAUAUAAUUUGAGAGGAAGGAAAAAUACAGAGAGACACCAUGCAAACAUAAUUUCCAUGAUUAAUGCUUAUCAGAUUGGACUAUUAAACAAGCAAAUUGUCCAGUUUGUAGAUAGAGCUUACAGGAAUAGGAUAUAUAAAAAUUAUUAUUAUGCUAGACUUAGUUACCUAAGUUAAAUUUAGAAAUUAAUGAAAAGGCCGAAUUGAAAGAAGGGGAACAAUAACAAAGUGAUAGAGGAGCUCUAUAUAUUCCUUUUUAUCCGACUCCAUAUAGAACUACAUGUAGAAUAGACUUAGAUAAUUCUCCUCAGGGAGACAAUUCACCUUAGACAGUUUAAUUUGAUGGAACUCCUAAUCAUCAGAGUUAAAGAGAUCUUUGCAAACAAAAUGAUCGAAUUGUUGAAUUAUGA